AUGGGGUUGUUUACCAUCUCUUUGAUGGUUGCCGUUUUGGGCAUAUACUUUACCCUCAAGAUCUUCCGAAAGCCAGCUACACCUCCACUCCCACCAGGUCCGAAACCCAGGUUUCUCAUCGGCAAUCUACUCGAUAUGCCUCGACCAGGGGAGAAAGAGUGGUCACAUUGGGCAAAGCAUAAAGAUUUAUAUGGACCGAUCAGCUGCGUCAGCGCGUUCAACCAGAAACUGAUCAUCAUCAACGAUACGAGUCUGGCGCGUGAGAUUCUUGAGAAACGCUCGGCGAACCACUCGUCUAGACCACGUCUUGUCUUUGCUAAUGAGCUAGUUGGAUGGGAAAAGACGCUCUCGAGCCAGAACAACACGCCUCUUUUCCACACAUACCGCAAGAUCAUCGGCCGCGUGCUCGGCUCACACAAAGCCGCCGCGCAGUUCAAUGGGCUUCAGGAGACCGAGUCGAGGAAAUGUCUGCUGAGGUUGUUGGAGCAGCCGGAGCGGUUUGGAGAGCAUAUCAGGACUGAGGUUGUAACGGCAAUCCUGAAAAUGACAUAUGGAUACUCGGCAUCACCAGACGGCAACGAUCCGCUCAUAAAACUAGCCGACAGAGCACUGCUGGAAUUCUCGCAGGCAGCGAUGCCUGGAUCCUGGCUAGUUGAUGUGAUUCCUUCUUUGAAAUUCAUCCCAGAAUGGUUCCCCGGCGCCGGAUUCCAGCGCGUCGCACGCGAGUUCCGCAAGACAGUUAUGGAAUCCACCAGACGGGGGUUUGCCUUUACAAAGCACGAAAUGGCCGCGGGCACGCAUGUACCGUCGUUUACGUCGAAUGCGCUCGAGGCCGGCGAGGACGAGGAAGCAGUGCGAUGGACCAGUUUUGCAUUGUACGGUGGUGGGGACGACACGAUCGUGUCCGAGAUCAAGUGCUACUUUCUCGCUCUCAUGCUCAACCCGGACGUCCAGCGGCGCGCGCAUGAAGAAAUCGACCGCGUGGUUGGGUCAGACAGACUGCCAGCAGCAGCAGACCGUGCACAGCUGCCGUAUAUAGAUGCUAUUGUCAAGGAAACCAUGCGCUGGCAUCCGAUUGCGCCGCUUGGUCUGCCGCACAAGUCGGAUGUAGAUGAGGUGGUCGAGGGGUAUUUGAUUCCAAAGGGGGCUAUCAUUGUGGCUAAUAUAUGGUCAUUCACUCACGACCCAUCCGUCUACCACAAUCCAUCAACAUUCAACCCAUCCCGUUUCCUCACAGAAACCCCCGAACCAGAUCCGCGCGACGUAGCCUAUGGAUUCGGCCGACGCAUCUGUCCCGGUCGUCUGUUUGCUGACAACUUUCUGUUUCUUACGAUUGCGCAGACGCUGGCUGUGUUUUCGAUCAGCCAGCCGCGUGACAAUGCCGAGGCGGCCGCCGGCGAGCAGGUUGUUGAUUUCGAGCCGGGGAUUAUCAGUCGUCCAGUGGAGUAUCAGUGUGCUUUGAAGGCGAGGAGUGCGCGACAUGAGCAGUUGAUCAGGGAGGUUCAAUGUUGA